AUGAUCCACCGCGAAGUAGCCGAUGGUCUAGAGCGUCUUUGGAACGUAAGAGUAAACUGCAUAUGGGAAGCCGAUGAAAGUAGUCGCCAUGGAGAGGUUUAUAUAUUCGACCAUGUAUUUAAGCAGGAAUGUACAAAUUCAGAUGUAUAUGGAUCUGUAGUAAAACCUUUAGUCGAUUCCUUCAUGGAAGGUUUCAAUGCCACAAUAUUUGCAUAUGGCCAAACAUCUUCUGGCAAAACACACACCAUUUUGGGCAAUAAAACAGAUCCUGGGCUUUUCCAAUUAGUAUCCAAUCAGUUAUUCCAGCAUGUGGCAGACCAGGUUGAUAAGAGGUACUUGAUUAGAUGCAGUUAUAUUGAAAUCUACAAUGAAAAGAUCAAUGACCUCCUGGAUAAGAGCAAUCAGGGUUUAACUAUAAGAGAAGAUAUCAAAGGAAAUGUGCUGCUUGAUGCAAGGGAAGCUGUCGUAGACAAUGUUGAUAAAGUUAUGGAGAACAUGAUGCAGGGCAAUAAGAUCAGACGAGUUGCAGCUACUCGCAUGAAUGAGAGGUCAUCUCGAUCACACACGAUUUUCCGGAUUAUUCUGGAGUCGAAAGAUGCCAAUCAGAAAGAUGGACCUGUACAUAUAAGCUACCUUAACUUAAUGGACUUAGCUGGUUCUGAGAGAGUUUCUCUGACGAAAGCUGCUGGUGAGCGUCUUAAAGAGGGGGCUAACAUAAACAAAUCUUUGUCAGUAUUAGGAAAUGUGAUAAGGCAACUAAGCGAGGGGAAGGAGUUUAUCAGUUAUCGCGAUUCGAAAUUGACUAGACUGCUCUCACAGGCUCUUGGCGAUGUAUAUGGAUCUGUAGUAAAACCUUUAGUCGAUUCCUUCAUGGAAGGUUUCAAUGCCACAAUAUUUGCAUAUGGCCAAACAUCUUCUGGCAAAACACACACCAUUUUGGGCAAUAAAACAGAUCCUGGGCUUUUCCAAUUAGUAUCCAAUCAGUUAUUCCAGCAUGUGGCAGACCAGGUUGAUAAGAGGUACUUGAUUAGAUGCAGUUAUAUUGAAAUCUACAAUGAAAAGAUCAAUGACCUCCUGGAUAAGAGCAAUCAGGGUUUAACUAUAAGAGAAGAUAUCAAAGGAAAUGUGCUGCUUGAUGCAAGGGAAGCUGUCGUAGACAAUGUUGAUAAAGUUAUGGAGAACAUGAUGCAGGGCAAUAAGAUCAGACGAGUUGCAGCUACUCGCAUGAAUGAGAGGUCAUCUCGAUCACACACGAUUUUCCGGAUUAUUCUGGAGUCGAAAGAUGCCAAUCAGAAAGAUGGACCUGUACAUAUAAGCUACCUUAACUUAAUGGACUUAGCUGGUUCUGAGAGAGUUUCUCUGACGAAAGCUGCUGGUGAGCGUCUUAAAGAGGGGGCUAACAUAAACAAAUCUUUGUCAGUAUUAGGAAAUGUGAUAAGGCAACUAAGCGAGGGGAAGGAGAUUCUUGGCGGUAAUGCCAAAUCAUUGAUUAUCGGGAAUGUUACUUUAGCUGCAGAGGAGGAGACUAGAUCUACACCAGAAUUCGCCCAAAGCACUAAAACUGUCAAAAUAAAACGAAAGUAA